AUGUCAGAAGAAAAUAGUAGUCACUUGGAUAUGUAUCAAAUGGGGCGCUUGGCAGAGUUAUGCAUCAUUAUUGAUGAAAAUGAUAAUGUGAUUGGUGCAGAGGACAAGAAGACAUGUCAUUUGUAUAAAAACAUCCAAAAAGGACUCUUACAUCGAGCUUUCAGUGUUGUCUUGUUCAAUAGCAAAAAUCAACUACUGGUGCAGGAGAGAUCAGACUCUAAAAUUACCUUUCCAGGGUACUUUACAGACUCUUGUUCUAGUCAUCCAUUAAGCAACACCCUAGAACUGGAUGAAAACAAUGCAAUUGGAGUAAGGAGAGCAGCACAGAGAAGAGUACAGGAUGAGUUAGGCAUUCCUCUGGAACAGGUUCCCUUGGAUGAUAUCAUCUAUAUGACACGCUACCAUUACAAGGCUCAGUCAGAUGAGACUUGGGGAGAACAUGAAAUUGCUUAUCUACUAUUGAUGACAAAGGAUGUAACUUUGAAUCCUGAUUCAAGAGAACUGAAAAAUUAUUAUUAUAUGUCAAAGGAAGAAUUAAAAGAGCUCCUGGCAAAAGGAGAGAGAGGAGAAGCUAAGAUUACUCCAUGGCUAAAACUCAUGGCAGAGAAUUUUCUCUUUAAGUGGUGGGAUAGUCUACCUAAUGUGAAUCAUUUUCUUGACCAUAAAACAAUACACAGACUAUAAAAACCACAAAUUAUUACAAAAUUACUCAACCAAAGUCUCUAAUUGUUUUGGGGUAAUAUAUAGAAUAGAUUAUUCUGAUCUUAAAACUAUUAAUAAAGAGAGUAAGGUGGGAAUCAAAAUUUUAUUUGAUUUUAAGAUGUGGUAGGUUAUAGAUAUAUCCAGCAUCUUUCAUCAGACUUCCCAUUUCUUGCUAGAGAUAGAAAGUAUUUUUCAGACUGAUAUAAAACAUUAAACUAAUCUGAGCUGCUUUUUCCUCUCUCUGAAUUUCUAGUUUUCAUCUUGCCUGGGGUAUAUUGUGUAUAAAGCACUAGAUGAAAUAGGAAGUUUAGAUAAGAGAGAGUUCCUGACCUCCCAGAGUCUAAAGGAUAUGAAAAGUACAUAGAUUUUCCUGGGAUAAGAAGAUACACAUUAAAUGCAAAAGAAAAGUACUAGCAAAGUUUUCUACGCCGAAGAGGGACUGAGCUGUAGCUUUUAUGGAAUAAAGAACAAUUCUUCAUAGCCUAGAUUUUAUCAUUUACUCUGCUGAAGUAAAAAAUUCCUCAAACCCAUGCCCUCUGCCAAUGACCAACCCAAAGUAGUCUUAUAUUAUACAAUCUGCUUAAGUAAACUCUAUUAUGAUGCUAAAUAUUAUGGGAUUCUAGAAUCUGUCAUUAUUAAAGUAGAAGUUAAAGCUUGACUUGCAUUGACAUACCUAUGUUUAGAGAUUUUUAUUUUUUAACCAUUAGUAAAUUUAACCAUAAAUGGGAAAUGAGAGUGAAAACUAAACUUUGAUUCUUGUUGAUGAAUGAUUUUAGCAAAUCAAAAAGAAAAAUGUUUUUUUUUUUCUUUAUGGGAAAUGGGCUUUUCUGGUUUACAUUUAAUUAGCCAUACUGUUAAUUAUGUCAAACUAGCUUACAUUAGGAUGUAUGAACUAAUUUAAGCAAUGUACACACUUUAAAAAUUAAUAAAAUCACGUUGAAGUAUA